AUGACUUCAACGAACAGCGAAAAAGAAGAAAUAAUAGAAGAAGUGAAACAGCAGCUUGCAGCAGCUAAUGCACAAGAACUUCUAACCAAGAUGACGGAAAAGUGCUUUUGCAAAUGUAUCACUAGACCAGGUGCCCAAUUAAAUUCCUCUGAACAGAAAUGCAUUUCCAUGUGCAUGGAUCGGUUUAUAGAUUCUUGGAAUCUGGUUUCCCGCGCUUAUGGUACCCGAAUACAGCGUGAACAAAACAGGAUUAAUGCUCACGAUUAUCGCGGUGCUUUGCGUUAUGAAUUUCUUCCGCCAGCCGAAGUUGUUAGCAAUGAACAGCAUUUAAAUAUUACGCGUCGUUUGCGUGAAGUGUUUUGCUUGCCCACCAAUACAUUAAAUGAAAAAUCACUUAAUUCCUUAUUGGUAAUGCGUUAA